AUGUCUGGCGAGGACAAAGAAAAGGCUAUCCAAGAAUUUAACAUCUCCGAUGAGGAAUAUAAAAAGUCCGCGGAAGACCAUGGUGUCAAUCUUGACUCACAAGGAUGGGAGGAGAAAAAGGGCAACAAAUCACAACUUAUCGAUGAAAUUAGAAAGAAGUCACUCGAGAACGAAAAGGCCCUAGAGGAGAAUAGGGCAGCGCUUGAGAAACUCUGGUGGAGGACUGCAGGUGUUAGGCACGACCGAUAG